GUCAUUUAAUUUGAUGAAAUCAAACAUUCAAUGAAAGCAAAAGCACUAGCUCUGAAAUAAGACAUCAUUUUUGCAGGGCUAUACAUCCUUUGAACUUAGAUGACAUUGUCUCUGAGGACAAGAUGUUUGAUGAGUUUUAUACUUUAAAGCCUCUGGUAGGAAAAAUUAGUCCGGAAUCUGUUCCUGCAGGAUGGAAAAAAAUCACUCAGUCUUCAAAAGAUCAGGAAAAAAAUGAUGUCAUUUUAUAUUUCCCUUAAGUAUCUUUCAUUCAGAUGCUUAUAUUGGAAAAGGCUCAACAGCCAUGAAUUUAGGGGCUUAUACUCCCUGUGAUCCAUAGGGCAUUUAUGUGCCUGCUGCCCAGAAUAUUGAGGAGAGAAAGAAACCCUUAGAAUACAAAGAUAAAAGGAUCUAUGGAUAAGAUAAUCUUAAGAAACACUGCUGACUAAUGUUUAUCUAUUAAUUUAAUAUAAUAAACAUAAUGAUACGUUUAAAAUUGCGUUACCCCUGCUAUACGCCAAAUCUGUUUGGAGCAGCCGCUUUGCAUUCAGUAUAUCAUAAUGACAUAGACUGCAUAGUUUUGAAGUUGAAAUUCUUUUGUGUUGUGGUCCUGUUGUAGACAUGCACGCUGGUGCCCAACAUUAAGUGCACGAAUAGCCGUGCAUACUGAAGCAAAGCAUGGGGUCCGACUCCUCAAAAGGUAGCGCAGAGCCCUGAGGAGGGACCUCUCUGAGGUGGGGUUGGUCUGAGCAGGGUCACAGACCAGUCUGGGUAGAAGGGCCUGUGUGGGCCAUGUUGGAGGAUGAGCUGGUUUUGGAGAACCAGUACCAGGGAAAGGAGGAAUGUGAGGACGUAAACCAGGCUCAAAAAAAAUAUAUGGAGAACAUGUUUCCCAACAGGCCUAAGGCUCGGUGCUCUUUUGCUCAGAAGAACCGGAAGAGUCACAAGACCUGAAAGCGUGGAAGGUGAACGGGAAACGCCAGUGGGGAGCUGGACUCCAGGAGCUGUAAUGAAGCUUUCACAGAUGCAUGCGGAUUGCAGCAGGGACAUCACUACACUGGCACUCUUGCCUGCGUGCAGAACUGAGGAGUCGGCACUGGUAACCACAGUGUCAUAGCUAACUACCAUGUUACACUCUCUCUCCAUCUUUCCAGAGCCAAAAAUACUUGCUCCUAAAAAUUGCUUAACCCUAAAAAACCAAAAAAAACCCUAAACUGCUAAUGAUACAUUUUGUGCCAUAGUAGAGGGUGCCUGGAAUGACAGAAAUAAUGGGUCUGGAUGAAUCCUUUUCACAGUGCAGAAGGUGUAAGAACAGCUGAUAAGAAAUCAGCAUUGCAAUAUUUCUGUCAGUCCCCCCACAACACCAGGCAAGAGUGGAGAUGUAAAAGGUCACGCCAUCUACCGCCUUUGUGUAAAAGUGAUCUUUCUACAAUAAUCUCAGUAGGCUACCUAUAGGUUCAGAAUAUGACAACACUGUGUAGCUGUUUUAUGAUGCCCAAGGUUAAGUUUGACAGAAACAGAACACAAAAGGGGCUCGUUAAAGCAAGGUUAUCAGCACAAACUAGCAGAGUGAGGAGGACAGAGUGGUCUUGGGAAACAAGGGAAGAGGAAGUGUAUGUAUUCAGAAGCCACAAACACUGGAGGUAAGGAGGAACUGAAAAACUGGAACAAUCUUAAAAACUGUAAAGUGAAGGCUGUCAGUUUUCUGUUUUGCUGCUUGAAGCAAGUAUCCUUGAAGCUUAAAUGCUGGAGUGGUCUGAGUAAAGACCUGCUUCUUAUUUUCUGUAGGUGGCUGCUGUGAAAAGGAGUUUCCAGAAAGUGUAAGUAAUCAGCAUCCCUAGUUAAGCCCCAACCUGGAGCUAUUAAAUAGUUAUACUGUUGGUGCAUUACUUUUUUUUCAAAUCUGGGUAACUCUGUUUCCAAUAAUCUGUAUGAUUUUGUAUGACGCCUCCCAAGUUACAUGGGCAUGUCCAACAGUAAUUGUUGGGGGAAGGGAGCAGAGGGAAAGGCCAGUGGAGCACAGUGGUGUACAAAGCAAGUAUCUGUGCAUCGCACAUCCAAGUAAAAUCACAGGAUGUGAUUGGGGCUGAGGCACUCAAUUAUUUAAUUUAGCUUCCUUCUUCCACCUUCAAAACUUUGAUAAACCAAUUUUUUUCUCCCUCCCCAGUCCGCGUCAGGCCUUACAGCCUCUCCUGAAAGCUUCUGGACAUGAGAGAAAAUAAUCAUUUAUCUGCAGAGGAGUUUUACUUCCUGCUUCUGACUUUGUUUGUUUUGAUUGACUUUUCGUCUUUUGGCACAACUGUCCAGGCAGUUCUGUCUUGCUCUGUGAAGUGGUAGUGUGGGAGGGAGAACAACAAGUGUCUACAGCCCAGACGUGAGCUUUGUUAGGAAGAGCCAGGCAAGGACUUCAGAAGUUACCAUUUCCCCUAGAUGUGAUGGGAGCUGUGUUAUUUUCAUGACUGUCUUGCGAUGCUGUAUAAUUACAUUUCUCUUUUUGCGGAUGUACCUGUGGAAUUUGAUACUGUUGAAAUAAGCCUCUUCUUCCUCGAAGGCUAAAGCAAUAGAAGGGGAUAUCCGUGAAUAUCUCAGAGCAUUCUCCUCUGCAUGCUCAGCACAGGACUUUACACAGCUUGGGACUCUUUCUGCCUGUUAUUCAUCGUGUAGCUGAAGCUUUUAUAGUAGAGGUAGGAACAACACUGGUUGGCAUAUCAGUUUUAAGCUAAGGGCAGCCACUUCAGAUUUCCUUUACCGUGAAAACACUGACAGUUUUUGAAACAUCUCCAGUCAACAAGUUAUUGGCGCAGAGAGUUUGGGUCAGACCUGAACCCAGUGCUAAUGCUUCAGAGAAGAGGAAGGCUUGGAGGAGGUUUCUAUAAGCACCGGUUUGUAGUUCUGCCUUGAGCGUGGCUCCACAGAUUAAGAUAUUGUCACACAACAUGCAUGACACACAUUUGUCUUUUUAAGGUCCGCUAUUGUGUGAUGUAAAAUUACCUUUUUGGCAGUUCAGUGUUCUAGCACUUUUAGCACUCGGAGGCCUAACACUCCAGAAAAUGCAUUUACACUGCAUUUAAAGCUUUCAUGUUACUAAAUCCUGUCAAGGAAAGUCUUUAAAUAAUGCAUUAACAUAUGCUUGUGUUUUGUCUCUUUUUUUAGUAUGGUAUUACUACACAAUGGGUUGGACUUAUUGUUGAUGGCUUUUCUAAGAUAUUAAAGAUACCACUAGGCAAGGCUGACUUUUAAAAUAAGUGACAGGAACCCCAUAACACCUGGGAAAGAGAGAGUAAAGGAAGAGACAGCUUGCAUUUAUGUAAAGCUUUCCUAUCUAGUAGUUUUCCUUAACCUCAAUAUCCAGAAAAAAAAAGAGAAAAAUUAAAUUGGAUGGGUGUGGACAAUAGUGAGUUCAAAAAUAAAUAUUAUUUUCUUAAUUGUGAAUACUUCUAAAUCUAAACCUCAUGAGAAGGCAAAACAAUCUUUAUUAGGAGGCAAAUUCUCAUAGAAUUCCUUUCUAAACAUCUAUGCUGUUUGGGGAAGUAUAUCUGUAAUCAAAACUUUAGCAGGUCAGCUAUUAAUCAAACACUAAUUUGAACGUUCUGGGUUUUAGACCUCAAGUCGCAGCACAAAUGCACCUUCCGUACAGCUACCACUAAAUUGCUGGAGAAGCUCAUGGGACCUAUUUUCUACCACCUGUGACAAUUCUUAAAAAUUGACCUAAAUGCUGUCUUUUGACACGUGACCUAGAUGUUUUCCGUUUUUUGAAAUAGUUAAUCUGUAGCUGGUUGAUGACAGUUUGAGAUGGGAAGACGACCUCUGUGAGCUUGUAGGUUCAACCCAGGAACCAUGGAAAGGUCUACAGCUUCUGAUAUGGCCUCUGAAAAACCAAACCCUUCUCACCACAGUACAGGGGCUGUUCAAAUGAGAAUCAAAAGUACCAACAGUCACCAUGAUAGACUGAGCCAAAGCAAAUCUAUGAUUCUUUCUGAGAACGUGAAGGUCGCUGAACCUGUAAGCCGUCAUAGAAGAAAUCAUUCCCAACACAACUUAACACUUGCAGACAUCAUUAGUACACAGGACCACACGGUAGUGGAGAAAGAAGGAUAUCUUCUGAAAGCUAAAAUAGCAGAUGGUGGCAAGAAAUUAAGGAAAAACUGGUCCACAUCUUGGAUUGUUCUUACUGCUCGGAAGAUGGAAUUUUACAAAGAAUCCAAACAGCCCGCUUUGGCCAAUCUGAAACCAGGAUAUAAACCUGAAUGUGUGGAUUUGUGUGGUGCUCGCAUUGAGUGGACCCCAGAGAAAUCUAGCAGAAAGAAUGUCUUUCAGAUCACGACAGUAUCAGGAAAUGAGUUCCUCCUUCAGUCGGAUAUUGACUUCCUCAUAUUGGAUUGGUUCCACGCUAUCAAAAAUGCAAUUGACAGAUUGCCCAAAGAACAGAGUUGUACAUCGAGAAAUUUGGAGUUCAAACUCAGAAGAUCCUCCAGCAUCGAAUUACUGAAUAGCUUAGAUACUGAAUCCAAAGAACCAAAGGCUGAACACAGAAAAUCUUUAAUUUUCAGACUGAACUACAGUGCCUCUGACACAAAUGACAGAAAUCGAGUUAAAAGCAGAUUGAAGAAGUUUAUCUCCCGAAGACCCUCCUUGAAAACAUUGCAAGAAAAAGGACUUAUUAAAGAUCAAAUUUUUGGCUCCCAUUUGCACUUGGUAUGUGAGCACGAAAAUUCUACGGUCCCCAAAUUUGUAAGACUUUGCAUAGAAGCUGUUGAAAGAAGAGGUCUAGAUGUUGAUGGAAUAUACAGAGUUAGCGGCAAUCUGGCAACAAUACAGAAGUUACGAUUUGUUGUCAAUCAGGAAGAGAAGCUGAAUUUGGACGACAGCCAGUGGGAGGACAUCCACGUUGUCACCGGAGCACUCAAGAUGUUUUUCAGAGAGCUGCCUGAGCCGCUGUUCCCAUACUGCUUCUUUGAACAGUUUGUGGAGGCGAUAAAAAUCCAGAACAACGCCAUUCGCAUUAGAUCCAUAAAGAGUCUCGUAAAAAAGCUCCCUAAACCAAACUAUGAGACAAUGAAAAUCCUCUUUGAACAUCUAAAAAAGAUAGCAGCCAAGGAAUCCGUGAAUCUUAUGUCAACACAAAGCUUAGGAAUUGUGUUUGGACCAACACUCCUUAGACCUGAAAAGGAGACAGGGAACAUGGCAGUCCACAUGCUGUACCAAAAUCAGAUAGUUGAACUUAUGUUGAGUGAGUACAGCAAGAUCUUCGGCUCUGAGGAAGACUGACAGACAGGGCCUGUUAUUGAAAACGUUCACAUCUGUCUUGAUGUCUAAUAUUUUUACAUUUCUGUAAACAUAUUUCUGAAAUAUUUCUUUUUCUUUCAAGUGACAGAUGCCUCAUUUUGUGAAAACUUAAUGAUGAUUUUGUGUUUAAUUUUCAAACAUUGGAAUAAAAAAUAUUGUCAACAUUUGCCUAUAUGUAUUCUGCAUUAACCCUUUGAGAGUUUCAUUAUGCUAGCACUCCAAGUGUCAUUUUUUUCAAGCUGAACAUACAGCAUAUGGCCAAAGACCAUAGGAAAUGCUGUUUACCAACAUACGCAAUGGCACAGAAAGACAAAUAGUAAUUGAGGAGAUUUGUGGAAAAUGGAUUCGAACAUAUAAUAAAAGCUACGAAUUAAAACAGAGAUUUCGCAUCAUUUAUAGUUAAUCUGAGUAUAAUUUACCUAGUCUCUUUUGAUACAUAUUGAAAGUUAAAGACACAAUGAAUAACCAAUUCUCCCAUCCUAAGAGUUCAAAAAAGAUUGCAUUUAAUACUUCUAAAAAUUUUUUAAGUCUCUAACUAUUUGUAAAAUAGUGCCUAAAAAUUAAAAACACAAUUGGAACUUUGACAUUUUUUCUUGAAUGCAGUACAUGAAACGAAGACAUUGCAUGACUGCUCAUUUUAAUGUAACAUCCAUUUUGAUUCUUCAUCACACUGUACAUCUGCCCGCUUUUCCCAGCUAUCUCAUGUUCUGUAGCAUUUGUAUUGUGCUCCUGAGGAUGCUUUAUUGGUGAACUACAUUAAAUUCAUCUAGAAAGAACUUUAAAAAAAAGCCUUUUCAUAUGCCCUUAGGAUUACUUGGCUAGACUUGAAUCAAUUUAUGCAUUUGAUGGUUAGUUUCAGUUGUCAUGGAUAAACAAAAGGGUAACUGUCUAGAAUAUAUCAAAUAUUGUUUCAUUUUGAAAUGUAUGUUUCCAGCUAUACACAUCUCCUACCCUGUUUUGUAAAAGUAUUCUGCUGAUAAAAUGUAGACUUAUGUUUGACAGCUUUUUAAUCAAGUUCAAAGAGAAUAAAUAAAACUAAUCCAGUGUGGUAAAGA